AUGAGGAUCACUCGGGUGCUUCUCGUGUCUCUGCUGUUGGCUCUUCUCCUCGCCACCAGUGCGCUUGGAAAGAAAGACGGUGGCGAAGGCGGCGGCAAAGGCGGCGGCAAAGGCGGCGGCAAAGGCGGCGGCAACGGCGGCGGAAAGGGCGGUGGCGGAAAGGGAGGAGGAUGGAAGGGGCCGAAAUUCGGAAAGAAGGGGAAAGGCAAGAUCGCGGGAGCGGCGUCCGCGACGCUUCGCGGUGAACAGGCGGUGGAUGCUAGCGGGACCUCGAUUGGCGAUAAGGACGCCACAGGGGUCAUCGAUCUCGUGCUCGUCAAGAACGACACCGUCUACGACCUGUACUUCCAAGUCGGCAUCGCUCUGACGAAUUCCGGCGAGCCGACGUCCGUCACCGUCAACGAAGGAGCCGAAGGAACUAACGGGAACGUGGUCAUGGACUUAACAACAGACAUCACGUGGACGGACACUACUGGGAAGGCCGUGGCGGGUCAUCGCUACGGCAAAAAGAAGAAGGGUCGCGGUUGGGGGGGGGGGCUUUUUUGGCGGCGGCAAAGACAACUCCCUCGACAAUUUGUCCUCGUAUUACUCUAG